AUGCUGCGCAACACGGCCAAGAACGCGGCUAGCGUUGCUAGCACAGCUCGCGCAGCUGUCACCGAGCUCGCACAGUACCCCAAGGCCGGCGAGAAGCUUCACGGCUUCACCUUGCUGCGGUCCAAGCAUGUGCCUGAGCUGAAGCUGACGGCCCUGCACCUGCAGCACGACAAGACUGGCGCCGAUUACCUCCACAUCGCCCGAGACGACAGCAACAAUGUCUUCUCCAUCGGCUUCAAGACGAACCCGCCGGACGACACUGGUGUGCCUCACAUCCUCGAGCACACAACGCUCUGUGGUAGCCAGAAAUACCCCAUCCGCGAUCCGUUCUUCAAGAUGCUUCCGCGAACUCUUUCCAACUUCAUGAACGCCUUCACCGCAUCCGACCAUACAUUCUACCCGUAUUCGACGACAAACGCGCAAGACUUCAAGAACCUCAUGUCUGUCUACAUGGACGCCACGCUCCACCCGCUUCUGAAAAAGACCGACUUUACCCAGGAAGGCUGGAGAAUAGGGCCCGAGAAUCCACAGGCGAUGCAAACUGCUGAGGCCACGCCCGAGGACAGCAAGCUCGUCUUCAAGGGCGUUGUCUACAACGAGAUGAAGGGUCAGAUGUCCGAUGCCGGGUAUCUGUUCUACAUCCGUUUCCAGGACAGGAUAUUCCCCGACAUUAACAACUCCGGUGGCGACCCGCAGAAGAUCACCGACCUGACGUACGAGCAGCUAUCGUCAUACCAUGCGCAGCACUACCAUCCCAGCAACGCCAAGCUCUUCACCUACGGCGACAUGCCUCUGGCUGACCAUUUGCAAGAGGUUGACGCGCGCUUGAAGGUGUUCGACCGGAUCGCCGAGGACACGCUUGUUCACAGCCCUAUCGAUCUCAGCAACGGGCCGCAGGAGCACAUUGUCGAGGGACCCCUGGAUCCCCUAGUUGCCGCGGACAAGCAGUUCAAGACGUCCGUUUCCUGGGUUAUGGGAGAGACUUCGGACGUCGUUGAGACAUUCUCGCUGUCGCUCCUCUCAACCUUGCUCAUGGACGGCUACGGUUCUCCUCUUUACAGGGGCUUGAUCGAAUCGGGUCUCGGAACCGACUUUAGCCCCAACGCUGGCUAUGAUGGUUCUGGCAAGCUGGGCAUCUACUCUGUUGGUUUGACAGGCGUUCAGGAGGCCGACGUCCCCAAGUUGAAAGAUGAGAUUCAGCGUAUCCUCAAGGAGGCCCGCCAGAACGGGUUCGACCGCACCAAAAUUGACGGCUCUCUGCACCAGCUCGAGUUGGCACUCAAGCACAAGACUGCCAACUUUGGCAUGUCUCUGCUCCACAGGCUUAAGCCCAAGUGGUUCACCGGAGUCGAUCCCUUCGAUUCGCUCGCCUGGAGUGACACCAUCUCAGCAUUCGAGGCCCGACUGGCUGAAGGCGACUACCUUGAGAGGCUGAUCGACAAGUAUUUGUUGAAUGACAACACCUUGACAUUCACCAUGACGCCUUCAGCUACUUUCAGCGAAGACCUCGCUGCCGAGGAGAAGACGAGGCUGGCCUCAAAAAUUGAGGAAGCGACGAAGAAGGCAGGAGGCGAGGCCGAAGCCCGUAAGCAGUUCGAAGAGCGCGAGCUGGAGCUGCUUGUCGAGCAGGGCAAGUCGAAUACUGAGGACCUCUCCUGCCUGCCCACCGUCCACGUCAAGGACAUCCCUAGGAGCAAGGAGCCGGUCGUGGUGCGCGAUGACAGCACCAAUGGCGUCAAGACGCAGUGGCACGAGGCCCCGACCAACGGCCUCACCUACUUCCGCGCCGUCAACACGAUCGAAAACCUCCCCAACGAGCUGAGAGAGCUGAUUCCCCUGUUCACGGACAGCAUCAUGCGUUUGGGCACCAAGGACACGUCUAUGGAGCAGCUGGAAGACCUGAUGAAGCUCAAGACUGGCGGCAUGUCGGUCGGCUACCACUCCACCCCUUCGCCUACCGACUUCCAGCACGCUACCGAGGGCUUCAUCUUCGCAGGCAUGGCACUGGACCGAAAUGUCCCUGCCAUGUUCGAUCUUCUGCGUAAGCUGAUCCAGGAAACCGACUUUGACAGCCCCGAGGCCGGUCAAAGGAUCAGGCAACUCCUACAAGCUUCGGCAGACGGUGUCGUGAAUGACAUCGCCUCGUCCGGUCACCAAUUCGCGCGUGGGGUUGCCGAAUCCGGUCUGACGCGUAACGCUUGGCUCCGGCAGCAGAUUGGCGGCCUCUCCCAGGUGAAGCUUGUUACUUCGCUGGCCAACCGGCCCGAGUCGGAUGGGCUGGUUGAUGUGAUCGACAAGCUCAAGAAGAUCCAGCAGCUUGCUCUAGCCGGCGGAAACAUGCGCACCGCUCUGACCUGCGGCUCCGAGAGCGUGGGAGCCAACACGUCGGCCCUGGGCAAGUUCUUGUCGUCCGUGCCCCAGAGCACCGUGUCCCUGCCGGCAACGCAGCCAACAAGCUUUGCCCGGGAUGCCAAGUCGUUCUACCCCCUGCCUUACCAGGUGUACUAUGGCUCGCUCGCCCUGCCCACCACCUCGUACACUUCGGCCGAGGGUGCGCCGCUGCAGGUGCUGGCACAGCUGCUUACCCACAAGCACCUCCAUCACGAGAUUCGCGAAAAGGGCGGCGCGUACGGCGGUGGAGCGUACUCGCGCGCCCUCGACGGCCUCUUCGGCUUUUACUCAUACCGCGACCCCAACCCGCAAAACACGCUCUCCAUCAUGCGUGGCGCCGGGCAGUGGGCGGUCGACAAGUCGUGGGCCGACAGGGAUCUCGAGGAGGCCAAACUGUCCAUCUUCCAGAGCGUGGACGCGCCCCGCUCGGUCAACGAGGAGGGCAUGGGCCGUUUCCUGUCUGGCAUCACCGACGAGAUGAAGCAGACGCGCCGCGAGCAGCUGCUCGACGUGACGAAGGAGCAGGUGCGCGCCGUGGCGCAGAAGUACCUCGUCGACGGCCUCAAGAAGGAGGAGGAGCGGGUGGCUUUCCUCGGCGAGAAGAGAGCUUGGGUUGACGGAUCCUGGAAGGUCCAAGAGAUGGACAUUCAGGGGGCCGAGGAGCUCGACUAA